AUGGCAGCAUCUGAUGAAGACCAACGAAACAGCAAAUUGGCUUGUGGUGGUGUUCUAGUCUUGGUGGGUGGGAUCGUGAUGGUUGCAGUGGCAGGAACGAUUUACUGGAUUGGGCCAGAGCACUUUUUCGAGACAGUUUUGGCCUUUUUGCCAGACCAUCCUGGUUCGAAGUGGGCGUUUGGCUGGACACUAUUCCUUUGUGCAAACUCUGUUCUCGGGAUGCCAAUCUGGUCAGCUGUUUGCGUCCUUACUGGUUUCCUGUUUGGCCUGACUGCAGGUACAACCAUCAAUUUUAUUGCUCUAUACAUCGCAGUUGUUGUCAGUACGUUCCUUGGGAUGACAGUGUUGCAAGAACCAGUGCGGGGUUGGCUCGACAGUGGCAACUUCCCCCUGGCCCAGCGUGCAUUUCACUGCUUGGAAACAGCAGAUGAUUCGCUCCAAAUUCUGAUCUUAUUUCGGUUCUUAUUGAUGCCAAUUUGGAUGCGAAACUACGGACCAGCGACUUUGCGGAUUCCGAUGUGGAAACUUCUGGUCUCUGCCUUGCCACACACUCUCUGGGUAUCUUUCAUUUUUGCUUCCCUAGGAACGUCGCUGCAAGAUGUAGAUGAAUUGUUCACCCAUGGAAGUGACUUCAAACUGGCGGAUGCCAAGUGGCAAAACUUUGCAAUCUUCCUAGUAGCAUUCUUAACAGCUGUCUUGGUUUCACUCUACUCGUACAAAAAGUACAACGAGUUGAUGAACAAUGAAACCACUCCUUUGCUACAGGGUACGAAAGGCUCCGUCAGGCUCAACAAACUCAACAAGGCAGAGAACUUUGACUCCAGCCUUCUCGGUGAUGGAAAUUGUGUUUGCUUUGCGUCCGAUGCCGGCACGGAGUCUGCUUUGAGGCGGAAACAUUUGCCGUUCAUCUUGGCCCUCCCGGGUGCCUUAUGUGUAGGGAGUCCUGUACUUCUCAGUGGACCAUCUGCUGGGAAGACCACUUUCAUCAGAAGAGCUGCUGAGUUGAUGGGACAGCACGAGCCCGUAUUUUUGUUUUGUGAUGAGCAGACUGACAUCAAGAUGCUGCUUGGUGCAUACGUGUGUGGGGAAACAGUGGGAGAGUUUGUUUGGCGACCUGGCGUUGUGACGCAAGCUUUGCAGCUAGGGAGGUGGCUGGUGCUGGAGGAUGUGGAUAGAGUUCCAGCAGAGGUGCUGGCGGCUUUGUUGCCCUUGUCAGCUUCGCGGCGCUUGGUUAUUCCUGAAAGGAACCAGUGCAUCGAUGCGCACAAGGACUUUCAUCUUUUUGGCACGCUUUCUUCUGGACAGCCUGUGCUGUGGUCCGAGAGUACCGCUGCUGAAAGCGAAGUGGCUGAAGAAGCGGAAGGUCGUCAGAUCGGAAGCAAUUUUCACGGUGCUGGUAGCAUUGGCCGAGUGCCACCGCUGGUUUCUGCCUGGACGAGGGUCCAGAUAGCACCCUUGCUCCAGACUCACUUGGCAGAGUUGGUGAAUGGUCUCUACCCUGAGCUUUCAUCAUUAACCACUCGUUUGCUGGAAUCGGCUGCAGUACUACAGCAUUUGGCAGGACAACUUGGACCGGCACUCGGUGCCGGACCUGCAACUGGACCGCGAGAUAUUCUUCGCUGGUGUGCACGAUUGCGCAAAGCACAGCUGGUGUUGAGUCCGAUCUUUACAGAGGACGGGCGGGCAGUUCUUUUGCGUGAAGCGCUACAGGUCCUGCUUGGCCGAGUGGCAGAUCUUCGCCAACGACGGUCAUUUCUUGCAUGCCUAGCACCCGUGUGGUCACUGGGAACUGGGGUUGCGGAAGCGCUUUUGCAGGAAAGGCCAACAGUGACUUUCCUGCCAUCUGCGGCAGAAGCUCGCCAGGUCCAGAUCGGAGAGGUAACACUUCUUCUGAUGGGUGGUGGAGACCCGGCAGAGACCUCAGUCUCCGCAUCUACUAGCAGGAUGACUUUAAACCUUAGAGCUUUGGUGAGCAGAGCAGGAAUGAAUGCUAGGAAGCCAAGCUUCUUGCUUUUUGUUCAAAAGUGUUUCAUAUUGAAUGCUGUUAUAUGUUAUCUUAAGUUAUAUUAUAUAUAUACAGUAAGUAUGACAUAUAUAUAUAUAUACAUUAUGAUAUACAUUAUUAAUACUACACAUACAUAUGCAUAA